AUGGCUCCUAUUCGCAAACCAACUGUUAGAAAAGAGUGUCGCUGCUCUAUCUGUAAAAGCAAGACACUAGGAUUCGAUCGUGUAUCUGUUAAAACAUUUAAACGUCAUCAAGAAAAAGAUAAUCAUGAUAUUACACAUGUUCAAACGCCCCAUGAAGACACAUGCAAUACAAUUAGUAGUGCUGUUUCUGAGCCUGUAAAUCAAGAGGAAGAUAGUUUUGAAUUUGAACAGGAAGAUGUUGAAAUGAAUUCUGAGCUUAGAAACCUAAAUGACACAAAUGACAUUUUGGAUAUACGGACAAGAAACCAACCUUUCUCUGAAACGGAUUGCGUGUUUGGCCCUGAAGAUAAUGUCCAGUAUACAAGUGACACUUAUGAAGAAGAAUAUGAAGAUGAAUCCGAUGUUGAGAUGGACAAUGAUGAAGGAGCUGUAAUCCUGAUUGCCAUAAUCAACAAGAUACUGCAGUUUUUGUUUGACCCAUUCCGCCUUCCAGUGAGUGUUGCUGGCCUUAAACGUUUGGCCGGAUUUGAAGCGUUGACAAGUGGUGUCAAGAAGUAUGUUGCAUGUAGCGAAUGCCAUGCCAUAUAUGAUAAUGAAGCCGCCCCUUUGUGUUGUACAUCACCCAAUUUUGAUAAAACCUCCCUGUGUGGCAACAGCUUGUUUAAGUCUGGUCCCGGGUCAAAAGCACCCAAAAAGACAUAUUACUUUGACAUUGUCCGCUGCACGAUCAUCGAUCCCAUGCACAAUCUUUUCUUAGGCACUGCCAAAAGAAUGCUGGAGAGAUGGGUUGUGGAUGGAUUAAUCGAUGAUAAAAAACUCGUUGCCAUGCAAAAGGCUGUUGAGAAGGUAGUGUUGCCACCCAAUUACACGUCACUUGGGACAAAGAUUGCCAAGGGAUUUCCCUAUAUGAAGGCUGAUGAGUGGAAGUCUUGGUGUCUUGUGUACUCUCCUGUGGUUCUAAGGGAUUUGUUGCUGUUGCCAGAGUUCAAGAACUGGAUAGAGUUUGUUAACGCAUGCAGAUACUUCACCAAGCCUAGUGUUUCUGAAGAAGACAUUGAGAAAGGACACAAAUGCUUAGAAGAAUUCUGUAAAGGGUGUGAGACAUUGUACGACCUGGAUCUUCUCUCUCCCAACAUGCACCUGCAUCUGCACUUAUGCCAAACAAUGAUUGACUUUGGGCCCGUCUAUGGCUAUUGGCUUUUCAGCUUUGAAAGGUACAAUAGUGUCCUGAAAAAUAUCAAGACCAAUCGAAGAAACGGGUUCGAAUUGACAUUUAUGAGACAGUAUAUUGAAGAGUCGUGGAAGGGAGAUUUUGUGCAUCAACUUCUGAAACCUAUGCAUGCACUUGCAUGUUUUGAAAUUUUCGAUAAGUUCACCACCAACAACAACAACACCAACACCAACACCAACACCUACCUCUCUCACUCUUUCUCAAUUUCCGAAUAUCUUGAAGCUUCACAGAAUCUUUCAAUGAUAAUUUGUGGAAACGAGCCCCUGCCACUAUCCGCCUUGCCAUUGAAAACAAGACCAUUAUCAUUUAUGCCAAAACAUGAAUAUGAUUGUCUUGUAGGAUACUAUCAAGCUGCGUACAAGAAUCCACAGAUCUCAGGUUGCAAAGAUGUAAUUGAUGACUCACCUUUCAUCAAUGACUGGAUCGAAAUGGUGAAGUCCAUUGAUCUUCUUGGGCAAAGCUACAAAGGGUGCAUUGGCACGAAUGGCCGUGGAUCAUACAUACAAGCAUAUUUCACUGAACGAACUGGGUCGGAACAUGCGUAUGUUGGAGAGAUUCAGUACCUUUUUGUUCACAAUUUUAGGCCAACUGUUUCUUCUCUAACAUACAGAAAUCCCCAUAGUAGUCAGCAUGUAUGUGCAUUUGUCAAAUGGUUCAAAUCCACUUCGGACAAAACAAGAGAAUUAGAAGGAGUUGAGUUGUUACAGGAUGAAUUCUACAAGCAAGAUUUUCAAAGCAUCCUGCCAGUACAUCGGAUUCUCCUAACAGUUGCAAUAGUAGAUUAUAAAACUACAAAAAACGUCAACAAAAAACUUGCGAUUCCUUUACCAAAAAAAAUUUACUAUUAA